AAUCAGUCAGCUUGAACGAGUUGUUCGGUGUGAACCUGAUUGCGUUGAAGAGUUACAUUUCGAUUUUGUGAUUUCCAUCGCGGUUUAUAGCUUUUGCGUUUCUGGUGAACGAUGAGCUGCGACGAAGCAUUGGAUGAGUUCGGAUUUGAGCCGUCGGAUUUCUCCAGCGAGGACUUUAUGACGAAUCCGUCGUUGGCCAUGGAUGCCUGCUUCACCGCAUUCGACAAGGAUGGUGACGAUCGUCUUUCGUUGGCCGAGUUUACGCUGAUCUGUCGGGCUCUGUUCCGGAAUGACAAGGGUCACAUAUACGUCGUUCCCUCCGACCGACUGGAGGAGAUGUUUGCGGUGUUUGACAAGAACGAGGACGGCUACAUCGAUCGGGAUGAGUUCCAGUUCUGCUGGAACCAGUGGAUUAAGACGAUCGUGCGGCCAAUCAGCGCAUUCCUUAUCGUGGAUGUACAGAACGAUUUCAUCAGUGGUUCGCUCAACAUCAGCAACUGCAGCGCCCAACAGAAUGGAUUGGAGGUAAUCGACCCGAUUAACAAACUACUGGACACGGUGGAUUUCGAUGCGGUGUUUUACUCGCUUGAUUGGCACCCGAGCGACCAUGUUUCCUUCAUUGAUAACAUCAAGCAACGGCCAAUUCAUCCGACCAGUCCGUUAAACGCCGAUAACGCCCAGGUAUAUGACACAGUAAUUUUUGCCGGACCGCCUCCAAUGAAACAGCGACUGUGGCCACGACAUUGCGUGCAGGAUUCGUGGGGCUCGGAACUGCACAAGGAUCUGAAGAUUGUCGAACAUGGCAUCAAAGUGUACAAGGGAACCAAUCCGGAGGUGGAUUCGUACUCCGUGUUCUGGGACAACAAAAAACUAUCCGACACCACCCUGUGCGGUCAGCUUCGCAUGAAGGGAUCUUCCGAUAUCUACGUGUGUGGGCUCGCGUACGACGUUUGCGUUGGCGCAACGGCGAUUGAUGCCCUGUCCGCUGGUUAUCGAACGAUUUUGAUUGACGAUUGCUGUCGCGGUGUUGACGUGAACGAUAUUGAAAGCACGAAAGAAACGGUCAUAUCGAACAAUGGCGUCAUCAUCAGUUCACGAGAGGUCAAAGCGAUGGCAGAGGGCCGAGAUCGUCGGCCGGAGCUUGGCUACAAACUGGCCAUGGAGCUGAAGAACGCUGACUCGGAUCUGUCAAAAAAUAAUGCCUGCCGACGACAGCAGGCUCAACCGCAGCCGGACAGGCCCCAGUAAAAUUAUGACCUAGCAGACCAGCCAGUCAGUCAGUUCCUUUUCCCGUGCACAGAAAAUCCCUCCCCUCCGAAAACUCUCAUCACAACGCUUUGCGUAGGAGGUUCCACUGCUUUCCGCAGUUUCGUAGAUUGAUUGGAGACGAAUAAUUGCCCGGUUUUCCGUAAUUCCUUUGGUUCUCGGUUGGUUAACAUUCGUGUCCCAGUUUCCAGUUAUUUUGAAUGUAAAAAAAACCAAAGCUAUUGCAGUAUGGUUACACUAUAAAAUAUGUUGCUCCUUUUGGAACUGACCGGCUGCUUAUCCUGGAGUGGUUCCGGGAGCCUCUCGAAACCGUCUGGCAGCCCGUACGGAUGGUGGAUUUGGUGUUGAACUUUUUUUUUGUCCUUUCUGUUCUCUGUUUUAUGUUCAGGUCUUAAGUUUGUCGUCGAGUGCCGAGUGCGGAUAAGAUGCGAGAAAAUCUCAUCCGAUCCGAAAAGGCGAUAAAAUAUUUUAUUUAUAAGCUUUUCAGUUUGGUAAAAUGCAUGAGAAUUGUUGAACCUGGUGGUCAAAUAAUAAAACCUAGGAGGGCAAGAAGUACUUACCGGUGGAUGGCACUUAGGAAUUCGAUUGUUUUUUUUUAAGCAGGGCGAAAGAGUAUAGAUACGGUGAAGUGAUUCAUUGUUUGAACUGGAAUGUUUUUUUUUUCUAGCAUCACAUAUUAUGUUUUCAAUUUCAGUUAGGAAUUAGAUCAGUUGAAAGUGAGCUGUUUGUAUAAAAUAUAAACAGCAUUUUUAAAGUUCAAAUCAAUAAUUUAUAAUAUUUGAAACAAAGCAUGGUUCACCGGUGAGGAAAUAAUAAAGCUUGCGUAUGUUAUAUGUUUCAAAUUUCGUCCAAAUCUUGCUGACAUAGCGGUGACCAAUCGUGAGACAUUAAAAAAACAACAGGAUUCAUUAAACACUCUUCGAGGUACAGUUCCAUGCUCACAGUUUCGGUUGUUGAUUAAUCUUCGAUUCAUCAGUACAUUACCUCAUUUGCCACUGCUGCAAAUGGCUUGCCAUACAAACAAAUUUUUUCAAGCAUCGAUCUUUUCUGCAUACAAAAAUAUUCGGUUAUCCCAUUGCAAGGUAGUGUAAAACCUCAAACCUGGUAUGUUUUCUAUGUAGAAUAUUUGUGAUACAAAUUCACGGGCUCUUGAUUUAGCUGUAGUAAUUUGGUGUAUGGUACCGUUAUUGCUUUGUAAUUUUUCAAGAUCAUUGUAUGAAAUAAUAUGGACAACGUAUAGAUUUUUCCGGUGACGGUACGAAUCAAGUUCAAUCAAAUAUACUUUGGCUUCCUUGUAUCGAGCUGUAUAGCGCUAUGUCUGAAUUUUACAGAUGACUUAAUCCCUCAUUUGAUGUAAUUCAUGAAGACCUAAUUUGUCAAAUGACGGAAAAUCUCAUUGUUAAUGACUUAAUGUUAGAUUAGCUUGAAUUUUACUAGUUUCGACUGUAACUUGCAUUCUGUUAGCAGGUGCGACUGUAUGAAUUUAAAUGCAUCUUUUACCAGCCAAGCAGUUCCAAUGGUUUUCGGUUCAAGUCGCGGCGCGGAAUAAUAUCAGUAUUAAUUUUUUUUUUAUUUAAAUGAAUUUCAUGUUAUGGAAUUUUUGACACAAUAUUAAAUGUUAUUCCACGUAAAUUUGCGUGAACUGCGACGCUCCAUUUAUGUGCAUCUAAUAAGAUGUAAAAUCACAGGGUUUUUUUCGAAGUGUGUAAUAAAAGUAAUUUUCGUUGAUCAAAAAUGUACGAAAAUAACGAAAAAUUAAUAUCACUUUCAGCUCCGCUUGAAAAUUUUGAGAAUAAGAUCCAUGUCCAGUCAACAACAAGAGCGAAAUAGUAGUUUCAAAAUUGUGUUUUCAGUCAUUUUCGGUUUUCAGUGAAAAUCGUAAACUACAGUACCGAUAUUCAACUAAUGUUUCGUGAAUUAAAAUGACAGAAAACGAUUCACAAAGAUAUAUUAUAUUUUAGACUGACUCUCCUUGCAGACGUUGUUUUGGUUUCAUCUUGUCGUAAGGAAACGAGUGAUGUUGAUAUUGAUACUCUCUUUGGUUGCAGUGAAACACGAGAAUGGUUCGUCUCUCUUCGAUUCUUUUAUUGAAAAUACGUGAGAAUUUUAAGCUCUGGGCUGGUUUAAAAGGAUUGUUGUGCGUAGCUGCAACUUGUGGCCGAGCGUUGUCGUGAUGGAAAAGAUGGGGGGAUAAUGUCAGAUAUAUAACCAAAUGACGUGAUAUCUGGAUUUUCCAUAUUAAUGUUCCAAGUCUUAAUCGAGAUCCAGCUUUUGUCUUACUAUAUUGCUAGAUCUGGAAUUGGAACUGGAACUGGACCGUGAUAUGAUAAGCUUAAGUCGGGUUUCAGUUCCAGAAUUUGGAAUGUUCAAACAAUGGACCAGUUUCAGGUUCCGUAUCUGAUUCAUUAAUAUAGUAAGUCCAAAUUCAAGACAAGGAUAUAAACCUGUACCAGUAAUAUGAAAGACCAGUAAUAUGAAAGUAAUUCGAUUUCUGGCUCUGGAAUAUUUUAGUGAAAAUAUAACGAGUUCUGAAACUGAAUUCUAUAACUAGAUUCCGGAAUUGUAUUUUAAACCUGUAUUGUGGAUGUGGAUUCAGGAGCAGAAUUCUUGAACUGGAUUUCGCAAUUGAAUGUUGAACCUCAGUAACGAAAUCCAGUUUCUGGAAAGGGAUACUAGAGCCCAAUUCUAGAAUUGAAACCUGAAUAUAAAACCAGGAAUGGAAUUCGAAAACUGAAUUCUGAACAGAGUUUUGAAAUUGUAUUCUGGAACUGAAUUCUGAAAAGGAGUUCUGAAAAUGAAUUGUACAAUUAAAUAUCGAAGAUUCUAGCUUCGAAUUUUUGAACUAUUUCUUGGACCUUGGUCCUGGAACUUGAUUUUGAAUCUGAGUUCUGGACCUGAAUCUGGGAAAUUGGAAAUUUAAUUUUGAACAAGGAUUUUGGAAUUGAAUUUAUGAUUUGGAUUUUAGAACUGUUUUCUAGAUUAGAAUUUUAAUUUAGAAACUGAUCACCGGCAAUCCAGUUCUCUAAAAAACUGAGUUUGGAAACUGAAAUUUUUAAAUGAAUUCUGAAUCAAAACAUAAUAACUGGAUUCUAUAACUGACAUUUAGAACUGAAUUCAAAAAAACGGACUUCUAAACGUGGAUUCUAGACCUGGAUUCUGAAUCUGAGCUUUGGAACUGGAUCCUGAACCUAAAUUUUGGACCUGUACUCUGACUCUGCAUUACAGAACUGAAUUCUCGACUGGAUUUUGCAGUUAGAUUCAGUAAAUUAAUUUUGGACCCGGAUUGUGAAGUUCAAUUAUUGAACGAGAUAGUGAAGAUUAAAUUUAUGAAACUAAACUGGAUUUUGGUACUGAAUUCUUGACUGGGAUUGUGGUAUUUAAUUUGGAAAUUGAAUUCUGAUUCUAAAUUCUGGACCUGGAUUCUGCAGCUGAAUUUUGAAACUGAAUUCUGGACCAGGAGUCAUGAAUUGAUUUCUGGAAUUGAAUUUUGGAACUGAUUCUUAAAUUGGUUUAUGUAUCUGAAAUUACACCUUAAAUUCACAUAGUCUUGGAUUCAACACCUGGAUUUAGCAGCUCGGCUAUGUAACUGAAUUUUUAAAUUGGUUUUGGAACUGAAUUCUGGACCUGGAUCCUCCAACUAUAUUUUGGAACUGCGUUUUGAACAUUAAUUCAUUUGGGCUUGGAUUCUGGACAUGGAUUCUAGACCAGGAAUAAGGAAAUCGGUUCUAUAGCUGAAUUUCGAAAUUGGUUAUGGAACUAAACUUUUAAACUAAAUUUAGGAAAAGAACUUUUCAACAGAAUUCUGUAACUGAAAUCUAGAACUAGAUUACGAAACGGAAUUUUGGACGUGAAUUCUGAACCAGAGUUCUGAAUCUGAGUUAUAGAACUAAAAUUUGGAACUGAAUUCCUAACAUAAAUCUUGGACCUGUAUUCUGGAUCUGGAAUAGAUAGCUGAAUUCUCGCCGAUUAUAAAACUGGAUUCGGGUGUUUGAUUUUGUUACUGAAUUCUGGACCUGGAAUUUAAUCAGUGAACUGGAUUGUAGUACUACAGGAUCAGAAUUUACAAAAUCGCAUACAAAAAAUGAUUUGUUUUAUUUUUUGCUCAAGUGUUGAUAAUUUAGUUCUAUUUGAUCGUUGAAAUGGUUUUUCAAAAUAUAUACCGAAAAAGAACAUUUUUUUCUAAACAUUCAUUAGACUUUGCAUUGGACACUUAUGGAAUUUUCCAAUGCAUGUGGACCAAUUCACGCUUUACUACACCCGGAGCGUGUGAAAAAACAAUGCCGAGAGGCAAACUUUUCGUCAUAAGUUGAAAAUAAUUGCUGUCCCACCAAUUUUUCCAAUUUUGUAUUAUGAUAUCUUUCCAAAUUUUUCAAAGGUCCAGAAUAUUGAAAGAAACUCAAUUGUUUUCAAUAAUACAAAAAUAGUUUUUUUGUUUAUUUUAUACAAUAAGUUUAAGUUUAUUGUAUUAUAUGCGAUCUGUGAAAGUUUAAUUCAAAUCAGUUUAUUUGUUAAAAACGGCACGAUUUUAUUGAAAAUUUAACAAAUUUUGAUUUUAGAACUGAAUUAAAUUCUAGACCUGAACUGAAAUGAAUUCUGUAACUAUAUUCUGGAACUGAGUUCUAGAUGUGAAAUCUAAAUUUGAGAACUGGAACUAAAUCUUGGAGUUGAAUUCUGAAUUUGAAUUUCAGACCUAUACUCCAAAUCUGGAUUCUGGAACUGAAUCCUCGACCGGAGUUUUGGAUUUGGAUAGUAAUUUGUAAUUGAAAUCUGGACCUGCAAUCUGGAACUGAACUCUUGGACUGGAUUGUGAUCUUCAAUUUUGUAACUGAACUAUGAUGUCAGAUCCUAGAGCUGCACUCUGGACUUGGUAUCGGAAUUCAGAAAUUGAAUUCUGGAUUUUUUACCUCUUGAUUUUUUGGAUCUGAACUUAGAUUCUGAAUUCUGGAAAUGACUUUUCUAACUGAGUUCUGCAAAUGAUUUUGGGACUUGAUUUGGUAGCUGAAUUUGGACCUAAUUUUCCAAUUGUAUUGUGAUACUUCAAAUGGAAUUCUAGAUCUGAAUGUUUAUCUGAGCUUCUUGAUUCGGUAACUUGAUUCGGGAAUUGAAUUUUUUAGCUGUAAUCCUGACCUAAAUGUUGAAGGUUAAUUUUGGUGCUGAAUUCUGGACCUGGAACUGGAUUUUUCCACUGAGUUUCAGAAAUUAAUGUGAGUUUUAGAAUUGAAUUCUGCAAUUGAGUGCUCGACCUAAAAUUUCGGCACAGCAUUUUAGAACUGAAUUUUGGCACUUGAUUUCUGAAUCGGAAUUUCGAACUUGAAUUCUGAACGUGAAUUCUAAACCUGGAUUUAGGAACUUGGUUCUAUAACUAAAUUCUCAAAUUGAUUCUGGUCUUUGAUUCUGUAACUGCAUUUGGUAACAGAAUUCAGGAAUUAAAUUUUGGAACUAAAAUCUGGAUUCUGAUUUAAUUUUGAACUAAAUUCAGAACCGAGGUUUUGGAAUUGGAUUCUACAACUGAACUUGGUAAAUAAAUACUGGAACUAAAUACUAGAACUGAAGUCUGGAAUUGAAUAUUGGUCAUGACCGGAUCAGGGUCAUUUUGCCGAAAGCCGUUUCGCCGAAUGACAUUUCGCCGAAUGGGCCACUUCGCCGAAUACCAUUUCGCCGAAUGCCAUUUCGCCGAAAAGGUCAUUUCACCGAAUCCUGAAAUCGUCUUAAAAUCGUAAUUAGAAUUGAUUUAAAUAAAGACAAAUGAGAGAUGAUAGCGUUAACGCCCGUUUUGUUGACCUACAAUUGUACUUCUCGAAAAAAGAUUGAUUUUCAUGAACUUCAGAACUUGUUGACUUUUAGAUACUAAGCAUCAAAGCAAUUGCAUAGGUGUAUCUACCAGGCAAACGUAUGAGGUAUUUUCCGUUCAUUGAGUGAAAAUGAAAAAAUAUCUAAUGCGGCUACGCCACAUCGUUUUGGUUCGUGUGCUGUCCGACCUCGCUACCGCUCGUUCGGACCUAACUAAAGCAAAGAAACCUAGCUCUGAGUAGACCGGGUAAACAAGGCGGUUACAGUUGUAUUAUUGUAUGCAAGACCCAGGUAACCAGUAAGCACUAAUAAUGGCAGUAAAAAAGCCUUUUAAUAGCACCGAAAAUUCUUAUAGCUUUAUAUCUGCAAUCUGAAAGCUCAUCUGUUGUAAAUCAAUCAGAAUUUAGGUUACACAAUGCACACCUGUCAUAUAUAAGCAUGAUCCAUGAAUAGUCGUAUAUUUUGCCAAAAUCGGUCCAAAUGCAGUCUCAAGAGCGAUUAAAGUGCCAAAUAGCGAUUAUUUGCUGUCAUAGCGCGGCAUUAAUGCCUCUUAAUGACUCUUUCGGCGAAACGACUUUCGGCCAAAUGGCCUUCGGCGAAACGACUUUCGGUGAAAUGACCCGCUCCCGUCAUGACCUUCGUUUUGGAACCGAAUUAUUGAUGUGGAUUCUAGAUCUGAAAUCUGGAACUGAAUACUGGACUUGAAAUUUUGGAACAGAAUUCUCGGAAUUGGAUUCUGUAACUGAAUUCUGGAAUUUUAUUCUGUACCUGGAUUCUGGAAUUGUAUUCUGAACGUGGAUUUUGGAGUUGAAUUUCUGUGGAAGUAGUUUCUAGUGCUGAAUUCGGAAAUUGAAAAUAAACCUCCAGGAACCUCUGUAAGUGAGAUUUUGAAUUGAACUCUGGAACUGAAUUCUGAAAUUGGAUUCUGUAACUAAAUUUAACCAGCUAAAUUUUUUCGGGUUUUUUUUAAUGGUUACAUGUAGAUUGUCAGUAGUAGGUUCAAGAUACUUUAUUCAAAGUAGCUACUUUCUAAAGCAAGACAUUUUUUUUCAAUCUUUUCUCCAACUCACGACUUCUACGUCGAAAUAACUAUGCGGAGGCGUUGUCGUGAUGCAAUUUGACUUUCUCACAUCUUGGGAAGCAUUAUGGUUGUUUUCAGAGCUUGAUUCAAUUUCAUCAUUUGUUGUUGGUAUCGAUACAGUAUCGUCUGCUAGCUUGUAAUCCAAGACAACUUGGGUCGAACCAUAAUUUUCCGCGCUUGGGAUUUUUAAAGUAAAUUCAUUUCUUACCUUUUGUCAUAGUCCGAAGCAGACAAUCCUUUUUUUCAUGUAAAGAAAGAGAAAAAUCACUCAAUGUUUUUCGAUGACUGUCAUUCAGCUAAUGAGAAAUCCUUUUUCUCGCCUUCUGAAUCAUUCCCAUGAAGUGUAGAUGAUGGUCAGAAAUGGCUCAGCGAGUAACGUUUAACCUCUUCGCCACUUUGUUUUCGAGUUUGGGUAUUGUAAUCGUUUAUUCUUUUCCUGAAUUCUGAACUUGAAUUCUGGAUUGGAUUUUAAAUUCUAUCUUCUGAUUUUGAUUUUGGUUCUAGGCUAUGAUUUUGCAUUUUGACUCCGGUUCAAAACCUAGACUAGCUGAAUAGAUAGAUUUUUUUUGUAUUGACUAGAACGUCCCGUAGGCAAGGAAUAAACAACGAAUUCUAAUGAAAAAGAAAGUCAAAUUGCAAGGGAAGGGAAUGCAAUACCAAAUCUUUAUUUACCCAGUCCUCAAGUUCCAAUUUUGUGCGAAAUCGAGCCCUUCACCGCAUACGCAUGGCUGCCAGAUGGCUGACUAAACGCUGCCAUUGGGAAAAAUAUGGCUGGCAGACAUUCUGGUGACCGACUGCCUCGCCGCUGCCAGAUAUACAACUCAAACGAUACAACCGUAUCGACCAGGAUUUUUUCACAUUGAAAUCUUUGACAUUUUCAGCGAAGGUGAGAAGAUGAAAACGCUCGACUAACUUAUGUCGUUUUCGCUUGAGAAAACUGAAACUGACCCAAGGUAGUUUCAUCAAACAAACACUUUUCACGAAACUGUGUUGAUUUCGCACUUAGCAACGGGGGUUUGAGUAAAACUGAUUUAAAAACCAGGUUCGAAACUGACUCGAUUUUCAGUUCAACAACGUUGAAACUAGGUUCGAAACUGACUUCAAACAAACGGUUUGACAGCAGUUAGAGUGGAAACUGGGUUAGGUUUGGCAUCAAGCGAAAACGACAUUAGAUACAGGCGACUUUGUUUUGUCAAAUUGAAUUUGACAACCGUCACUGAAUCAAUUUUUGGUAGCCGUCUGGUGGCCAUGGCUGCACAGGUAGCCAAAAGGCCGUGCGGGUGCCGAUCGAAGAGUACGCUCAAUUGCCUACUAAAAUACACCACAGAGCUGUUGAUAUUUUUGCGGAUACUCAUCAGUGAGGCCAAAUGCACAUUUUUCAUUGUCUAUUGACAUUUGUGGUGAGAACAUGUUUGUCAGCCGGAACUUCUUUAUCUCGUGGUCAUUCAGAUAAUUGAUACAAAAGCUACUGUCAAAUACAUUCACAUAUGACAACUUGGUAGAUAAAACAAAACCGUAAACAUGCGCAAGUUUUAUUCAAUUAAUUAACAAAGGGUAUUCCAUGUUUGAAAAGUACAUUGGCAUUACUUUUCUUAAUAAUAAUCAAACAAUGAAGAUAACAUUUUAAGUUUUGAUUUUCGUUUUUUAAAACUUUAAGUAAGUUUACCAAAUACCAAAUCAACAAUUCCUCGAACAGUUAGUCUGGAAUUUUUUUCGGAGCAAAUUUAAAAUAAAGUUUCAUUUUAUGGUAAGAUCUCUAAGACACCAAUUAUAGUUCACAUUAGUUGAUGGAGUUACUGAAAAAAAAAAGAAAAAAACUAGCAGCAUAAUUACAACGGUGGAGGUGAAUUUAGCAUAGCAAAAAUUAAGCCUACCUUAAAUCACACUGUGGUGAAUAGCGAUAUCAUUGUUUAGACUAAAAGCAAGGUACAAAAUAACUGUUUCGUUAUUUUAACAUUGUCUACCCCAAUUGGAAGUUGCCUCGCGUAGAAAGCCGAUCUUUGUGCACUAUAUUGCCGCUGCAAAUUCUCAGUGAAUUUUUCAAUAGGCCAGUGUCAACAAGUCUAUCGAUCAGUACUUAAAAAUCAGGACAUCCAAAUAAUCGGAAGAAAAAGAGCCUUCAGACAAAAAAAAAUACACCCAGAAUUGUGCAGUGCAACACAAUUUCGAACAAGUAGUGAUAAAUAGACAGUAGCAUUUGACAACCGUCAGAGCUCAGUAGGCUACCGCUACCAGUGGAUAGGAUGAGGAUGUAAACACAUCAUGCUGAAAAAAGCUAUACCGACAGCCUAUCAACAGCCAAUCUAUUUCGCCAUGUCGAGCUUUCGAACGUCGGUUUCAGUGUAGGUACAUGUUUGCAAUCUGGGACCUGUAGGGCAAGAAGGCGGCGUAGCAAUAAUUACACCCACUAAACACUCCAUGUAUAGCAAAACUAAAACUGUUGAUGGUAAUAAAAUACGUGAGUUGUCAUUGUCACAAAAUAA